CAAGUCCCAAAGAGGACUGCACCCAGACCGCCUGCCAUGGAGAAACCGGGCACCCCGGGGACAGCAGAAGUGCAGCUUGUUGCACCCAGUGGUCUCCUGCAGACCUUGCAGCUUCGGAUUGAUGCCCUGGCAGCGGAGACGAUCAGGACGUCCUUGAAGGAAAUGGGCAAAGAGGCGAAAGGUGUCUUCGUCUUUACCCUCGGAACAUCGAUACUGGAAGAGGAUUGGCCACUCGAAAAGUUUGGAGUCUCUGAGGGCUCCAGCAUCGAAGUGACGGUGCUGGAUUCCUCGAGGCCCUGUUUUGAAUGGUACUGCUGUGACCCAUCGAAUGGCAAUGCGAUUUUGGACAAAGGCUCCACCUUCCAGCGUUGUGACAAGGCGGCCCACACAGAUGGAGUGCAAACCCGCGCAGCAUUGCCCCGUGAGACUGCGUGUUACAUUUGCUUCCACCAUGUUGGAACCCAUGCUUGUCUGGGAGUCGGCACCAACAAGUGCAAACUGGCUGAGACUUCCUAUGUACACCUCUAUGGUCAGGAUGAGAACUCCUGGGCGUUGUGUUUCGGAUUGGACCGAGAAUUCGCUGCCUACCACAAGGGUCAACUGUGUGUCAUGCAAGAUUUGAACGGCAAAGCACUGGCACCGGUGAAGCACGAACGAGGCGAGGCCCGCGAAGCC